AUACAUCUUUGUCAGGGAUAUUUCAUUCUGCACAUAAUCACAAUAUCUGGUUAACACAUCUUUGUCAGGGAUGAAAAAGCCUUCGAAACUUCUGCAUAUUGCUUGCCUUUGCUUGUAAGAUUUCUUUUUUGUGUUCUUAUUGUUUCUGAAGAGCGUGUUUGUAAGGAACAUCCCAAUGGCGUACAAGAUGAAAGGGAUCUUCAAGGGACUCAAGGUCAUCUCUCAGAUCUUUGUAGUGAAGGAGCAUGAGAUGCAGAUUGGUAGUCCGACAGACGUGAAGCAUGUCGCGCACAUCGGUUGGGAUGGCCUGACAGGGAAUGCUUCUCCAAGCUGGAUGAAUGACAUCAGGGCAUCGUCUGAACUUCUGUCUUUGGGCAACUUUGCACCAUCUGCAGGGACCUCUUGGGCUUCUCAAGAUUUCGACCAGCCUCGAGACUCGUCGUCCUUCGCCACGCCGUCAGAGAACACCAGCCUGCAGCAGCAAGAAGCGGCGCCGCCUCCUGACAUACCACGCCCGCCGGCGGCGAGGAAGACGAGGCGGAAGCGGAGGUCCACGAGCGACUGCCCGGUGCCUUCUUCUUCUUCUUCGGCGAGACCCAGCUGCGAUUCCACCAUGGCGCCUGCUUCCGACGCCAAUGCGUCGCAAGAUCAAAACUGCAACUCUGCAACGUGAAGUGCAGCACUGAUCGAAUUUCCGGGUGUGCUACUGCUACUUGCGCAGAGAGUGCUGUACAUCGUUGUCUGUUCAGUGCUCUCUGCUUUGCGCCAACUGUACAUGUAAAUGGGUUUGGAGUUUGGAGUGCAGAUUAAUCGGCGAUCGUACGGAGAAAUUGGAAUGUGAUCGCCGUUUGUGUGUUUGAUUGUGACUAACCAGAGAAGUUAAUUUGAUGUUCAAGGAUAGGGAUUUCGAUGAGUAGGCCCCAAUUGCCUCUGCACUACUCUGUAGUCUGUCCUGCCUGGCCGGAUUACUGUCAGGUGACCACAUAUUUUUCUCUUCUAGAAAAAGAGAAGUUUUUUUUAGUGAAAAAAAAGUUCUCCCACCAAUUUUAAGAGUUAUUGAGAGGUAUUACCUCUGCUUUUAAAUUUA